AUGCAUCCAUUUGGGGAACCCCCACAGAUUAGUUUUCUUCGAAGAUCGAAGAACAUCACUCCCUCUGUGAGCAAUGACAAUUCCCUGAGCUAUCGCUCAGGGAAUAGUGGAGGGGCUCAAGCUUCAUUUAUGAUAUCUCCAGCUGCCUCGCCAUUAAAAUAGGAGUUCCAAGCAGGUGUUUCAAUUCGGUACGCCUAAGAUCCACGAGCCACAAUCUGUUGCGACAAAGAGUGGGAAGGAACUAACGGCUAUUGAUUUGCCCUUCAGCCCACUUAUCCCUCCCCAAGAUCGCUCACGUAGUCCUUCAAAUUCCUCGGAACAUGAGGUGAUCAACAUUAAAGAAGCGGCCAAAAACUCUAAGCUAAGUAAAUUUGCUAGAUCGAAUCGGCCACUUGAGAGAUCAGCCUCAAGUGUAAUGUCAGAGAGCCAGGAUUCCUUUGUGAAGGAAAUAGAGGAAGAGAUUAAGCAAAGAGAGAUAGAUGGAGUAGAUGAUUUCGUACCUAGUGGAUUAAGAAAGCAGAUAGAUGAGGAGAUAGAGAAAUAACAAAUACAAGAAGCUUAGCUUGAGUCAAAUAGAGGAAGAGAAGAAGAUCAAGAAGUUCAGAAUAGAGAUAGUGAAACGUAAGCCUCCAGUUCCUGUUGAAAGCAUCAACAAUUCAGUGGUCUCUACCCAACAGGAUCAUAGCAGACUUAGUGCCCUCAUGAAAUAAGUACGAGGAUGAUGAUGAUUCCGACCAAGAUGAUGAUUACAUUGACCCCUAUGAAAGGUUAAUCAAGCACAAGAAAUUAGAUGAAUCUGUCACUCUAGCAAAUGCAGAACUUAAGUUAGUAAAUUACUCCAAAAUCAGCCAAGAUUCAAGGCUAAUCAAAGUAAUUCGAUCAGAUUCCCCAUUUGACGAAGUUGAGGGGUCUUACAAAUCACGAAAGAGGAACACGUAUUACAAGCCUCCUAGGACAGUAGUUUUUAACCCGGAUAGAAACUUUGGAACUGAUCUUGAAGAAUAAAUUGUGAUCUAGCCCAAUACCAGCUUUCAAUAUC